GCCCUCCCUUCGAUUGAUUCUGGUCCACCCUCUAGCGAGUAGCUGAGUCUCAGUGGAAGCAGAAGCGAUGGCGAGCUCCACGAUGACCACAGCGACAGCACGGUGCUUGCCGCCCUCCACCGAAACUAGGAAGACGCGAAUGCACCGUCUCAUCGAGGACGAGGGCAUCGUGCUAAUGCCGGGGAUCUUCGACGCCCUCUCCGCCUCCGUGCUCCAGGCCUUGGGCUUCAAGGCCGGCUUCGUCUCUGGCUACGCCGUUUCCGCCUCCCGUCUUGGCAUGCCCGACAUCGGCCUCCUCACGCCGCCGGAGAUGGCCGACGCUGCCCGGGCAAUUUGCGCUGCCGCUCCUAAUGUUGCAUUUAUUGUUGACGCCGACACAGGAGGUGGUAAUGCACUCAACGUUCAGAGGACUGUUAAAGACAUAAUUGGUACUGGUGCUGCUGGUUUGUUCCUUGAGGAUCAAGUUUGGCCAAAGAAGUGUGGACAUAUGCAAGGAAAACAGGUGAUACCGGCUGAAGAACAUGCAGCAAAAAUAGCCGCUGCACGAGAAGCGAUCGGUGAUGCUGACUUCUUUCUUAUUGCGCGGACGGAUGCUCGUGCAACUUCUGGGGGUCUGAAUGAAGCCAUUAAACGGGCAAACCUCUACAUUGAGGCAGGAGCAGAUGCCUGCUUCGUCGAGGCGCCUCGAAGUGACGACGAACUGAGAGAGGUCUGCAAGAGUACCAAGGGUUUAAGAGCAGCAAACAUGCUUGAAGGGGGGUUCACACCUUUGCACACCCCCCAGGAGCUCAAGGAGAUGGGCUUCCAUCUCAUUGUGCACUCGACCACGGCUGUUUAUGCUUCUGCUCGGGCCUUACUUGACAUCCUUAAAGUAAUGAAGACAGAUGGAACCAGCAGGGAUAAUCUCCACAAGCUUACCACCUUUGAGGAGUUCAACAGUUUGAUUGGAUUGAAGAAAUACAACGAGACUGGCGCUCGAUUUGAAAAGUUCAAAGUUCCUUCCAAUUGAAUUGAAUGCAUGUAAAUGGAUCCCUCUGUCAGUGCUGGCUUGAAUCUUUAUGCAGCUUGUUGCUUAGCUAGGUUUUAUGUCUCUGCACUUCUGUCCAGUGUCACGUUGUGAGAUCAGUCUACUGUUGUGUGGUUGUUUAGAUAAAGUGGCAUAUAGUGUGCGAUACUGUGGUUGCGCAAAUUCAUUACCUUAUCAAUAAGCAUGAAUAAAGUGAGUUCUUCUAAAGAAA